UUAAAAAUCAUGAGGAGGUAAGCGAAGAACCUGCUGUGCCCCUGGAUCCUGUAUUUACCACUUUGCUAAAGAGAGCCUAUGAGAGAGGAAGCAGUACCCUACUGGAAGGUGGUGUUCAGAUAAAAUUGGCUUUCUGGCUCCCACCUGACCAGCUUUUGUUAUACCUGAAAUCCACAGUGGAGAACUUCAGCAGUCUUGGUAAAACUUUGGGUCCUCAACUUGUUGAUCUCUGUGUGGACCUGCUAAGCAUCUUGUUGUGCCGGGGCAACGAAAUAAAGCCGGAGCAGCAGCAGAAGCAGGAGGAGCAUCAGGCUGAUGGGAUCUCUUUAUGGAUGAGGAGUCUCUGAUGAGAGAAGAGUCUUCAAAUGACAAGACCCUGGAGGAUACACUCACCUUGAUUUUCAGACAUCCUGCACUGGAGAGCUGGUUCCUGGAGUUGGAGCUGCGCUCUAUUCCUCAGCCUGGUCUGAACCCUGUCACUGUGAAGCUCCUGUCAGCUCACCUCAAUUCUGGGGAGCUCCAGCUGCUGAAAACAGGCGCCCCCGUCCUGCAGAGCAUCACAAGGGAUCACAGACACAUCUUGUCCAAGUAUUUCAAAGCCAUCACCAAAAGUGUCCUGGAAGAGCUGCUGACUGUGGGGAAGGACAGAAGCCAGGUCUAUCCCAGGAACUCUCACCAGCUGCAGGCUCUGGAGGAGCUGCACAUGUACAUAACAGCAGCUCAGCUGAAGGAGAUCAUUUUAACCAUGCUGCAACUUCUUGAGAUGGGCUUGACUUCUCAGAAAUCUGAAAAAUCCCCUAAAAUAGGGAAGCAGUUAAGCUUCUAUGGACAAAUUUUGGUACAGCUCUUUACAGACAGUCCUUGUGUUUGGUGUCGAGGUGCAGGCUCACUGUCUUGCCCAGUGCUCACACACCUCCCUGACCAUUGUGGCCAUGCUGAUCCAGCACUCCAGGACUCACCUGCUGCAGUUGGAGCUCUGGAGUCUGAGCAGUGCCACUGGGAAGUACCUGAGGAAACACAUGGAGAGCUUUCUUCCACUGGUUCAUGUGCAUUUGCAGUGCAGAGACCUGUAUGGUUUCAGCCGACCUUCCGCAGGUAA